CAGUUUGCUACACAGAAACACCAUAGAUAAGAUCCACGCCAAAGUUGGAAUUUACUUUUCUUUGUUUAAUAAUAAUCAAAUUUACCAAUUAUUUUGUGUGGCUGGCAUCGAAUCGACAUGGCAGAUGUUGAUUGGUUUUCUGGUGAAGGGGGAGGAGAUGGUGGAGGAGGAGGUAAAUCAGGGAAAAAGAAUCAGAAGAGACGAGCCAAGGCUAAGAAGAGUAAGAAUGAAAGCAGUGUUUCCUCCCAGGCACCUCAGGUUGAUCCAAUUGAAGAGCUCAGGCAGAGACUAGCUGAUGCCAAAAUCAAUAAGGACCAGAAAUUGGCAGGAAAACUCAGGCAACAACUUUGGAUCGUUCAAGACUUAACAGCUGGAGUGAAACCACAAGUAGAUCCAGAAGACCGAGAUGGACAAGCCAUGGUGAAAGAGUUUGAAAGGACUGGUAUCAUAUCUCUCCCCUCUAACAAUGCAGCAAGCCCAGAGAGUAAGGUGGAAGAGGAGGUCCCGCAGUCUGGACCAGUCUUCUUUACCCCCGUAGCUGGCGGUGCGGUGAUAGAAGACAAGAGACUGAAAAACCUGAACAAGAAGUUGAAGCAGAUUGAGACUCUCAAGGAGAAGCAAAGGAAAGGGGAGAAACUAGAAUCUAAUCAGCUAGAGAAAAUCAAAUCAGAAGCUGCCAUCCACCAAGAAAUCCAGGAGAUCGAGGAACUCAUCAGUAAACUUUCUGCUCAGAUCAAGAGUUGACGUCGGCUGUUCAUCUUCAAGAAAAAGCAAGCAAUUACCUCAUACUGAUGCAAGAUACUGUCUUCAGAUUUUGAUAGGCCUUUUGCGAGAGUCUCUGGCAUUUCGUGUGCUUAUGAGGCAACAAGUGAACUGAAUGGCUGUCACCUCAUUGGGACUCUAAAUUGCAGAAUUACUUCUGCUUACCGCUUGGUCUAAUUGCAAUUUUAGCCCAUUUACCUUUUUGUCUAAUUUUCAGUUAGGCUCUACCCAUUUUGUCUAAUAUCCAACAGAGUUAACAUCGUUUAGUCUAUAGUGUUAGAUGAACUGUCCAUGAAUCAAAUUUUUGUAUGACGAAGAGUAAAAUGAUUAGUAGACAAUGGGAAAUAAUGAAUUAAUUAGACUAAAUGAGAAAUAGACUAAACAGGUAUUAGACCAGGUGCAGUGUAGACCAAAAUGGCAAUUAUACCAAAGGUGUAUUAGUUGUCAAGUUGGUUUAUCCCAUGUGGUAAUAGAAUAUCUGAGAAGCAGAAAACUGCUUUGUAGACUGAGUGAGUAUGAACCGUUCAGACUCAAAAUGUGAGGACAGUUCGGACCAACAAGGUAAGUUAACAUAAGCCUGAUCAUGUAUGGAUGUUGCUUCUAGCUUGAAUUCAUCUCAGUGUCUUUUCACUUAAGCAAUGGGGGAGUGUGAAAGCUGCAGUGAAAUCCAGCAUGUGGGAAAGCUUUGGACACAGCUUUUGUUACCUUUGCCUUGUGUUCCUUACUUUAAAAAUGCCAAAUGGAACUUUAACUGGAUGUUUGUGAGGAAGCUCAACGAGAUUAUGAAUUUAGGGGAUUUACAAUGAAUUCAAUAUUGGAGUUUGGAUAGCAGAUUUAAAGGCCAUGCGGGAAGAUUUAACGUCUACUGUAGUUUGAGGGAGGCCAUUCCAGAGUUUUACAACUUCGGGAAAGAAGGAUUGUGUGAAUGGUCGGGAUGAGCAUUGGAAGACGGCUAGUUGCCUAGCCUAUAUCUGUGUACUUCUUCGGGCUUUCCUUUGAAUGUAAUCCCUAUAAACAAUAAACAUGUUGUUGAUAUGGGUCCAGCCAACCUUUAUCCAGGUAUGUGUUUCAUAAAGCUGUUCAUAAAGUUAUGCAGACUUUACGAAAGAUUGGCACAUGUUCUCAGAUGCUAAGGCAGCUAUAUCUAGGGAUAUCAUUUAGCACAAAAAGUGUCACCAGUCUUUUGUUAAAGUCGCUCAUUACUUACAAACAGCUUUACGGUACACCAACUGGAGCAUAUGACCUCCCAAUAAGACCCAUGCACCCAGACAGUUCAUUUUGCAAAACGUUAUGGAUGAAGGUAUGCAUGAGAACCACUGCACCAGGAAAAACACCAUGGUCCGAAUUCACAAAGGUUGUUUUGAAAACCCAUGGUUGAAUCCAUGGUUUAUGCAGAUUUCCUGUAUAAAUAAAUUAUUUUACUGCGUAUAUUAAAAAGUGUUCAAUGCCGAUGCACGCUUUAGUCACAGUGCGCCAAAUUGAUUCCUGUUGCCGUGAUUAUCCACGCUAUUUCAUCCACUCGUCAAACAGUGGACUCAUGAAUAAAAUAGCGUAUCUAACCAUGGUAACAGUUGUCAAUUUGGCGCAC